AUUUCCCCAUUUUCCAUUGUACAGAUACCUACCUGUUUUUUUCCCAUGUUGUCUGUGUCUCUCGUGCAUUUUGCGUAACUCAGGUCCAACCUUGACGGUCACCAGUUUAAUUACCUACCAAGUUACCUUGCUUUAUUACUUAGGUCUUCACUACGGCAUAGCAUAAUCAGUCAGGUCGCUGUUGUGCACUUGUUCUCUAGGUAUCUGUCCUGCGUGCUCGUCGGCUCAGCCGCGCUCCAACAAAUCGAUUGCCAUGAGAGUUUGCUUUGAGUGCGUUCUGCGAUCGCCCUCGCCGGCUUCAAUAUCCGGCUGAAGAUAUAAUUCAAAGCGAUCGUUGACGAGGCUCAUUUCUAUUGCCGCUCACAAGUCAUGACUUCAUCUCCUUCGCCUCCACGAACUGGAACUGGCACAAAUUGCGACUCUUCCCACACUUAUGAUUCUGGUCAUACACUGAGCAGCUCUGUUGCAAGUCGAUCUGCCCGCCUGCGCCCUCCUCGGUCCUUACCACCAUGGAUUAAUUCUUACGAUGGCGAGCGUGGCUCGCCAAGCGACGAUCAACUACGACUUCUUCAACCUCCUACGCGUGCUGUCCCUCCUCAACACAACUCAUUACCAAGCGACCCUCAAAGACGCAUCUCCAAAGAUGGCUUCAUCGACCCGCAAGAUCCCCUUCUCGGCCAAGGACAGGAAACAAGAGGCAAGAUUCCUCAUUUUAUGCGUUAUGGGCGCGCCUCGAUGCGUGGCAGGAAAUGGGACCAUUUGAGAUCUGCAGAGCCUGUCAUUGUGCCCGGACACAAACCAUCUGUGACCUCGCAACCAAGUGUAGCAUGGCAAGACUUUGUUCAAUCAUCCUCGUGGGGCCGCAUGACAAACGAGGACUCGAAAGUGAUGGACAUUGAGGCUCUCCGGAACUUGCAACCGAAUUUUGACACGCCAUCCCGCCACCCGUACAACGCUGAAGAAGCCAGAAUAUCUCGGAAGAGGAAGACCCUUGCCCCAUAUAAACGUAUCUGGUAUAUGGCCAUCCGCCAUUCUCUCGCCCCUCUAGUGUUUAGACUGAGCGUCAUGGUCACCUCGAUUAUUGCACUCGGUGUUGCAGCACGGAUACAUCUACUCGAAGACGUCGAUAGCUCGGACUCGGCCGAGGAGACACAAUCUAUCGUUGCUGUCGCCGUAGACUGCGUGGCCAUCCCAUACAUUGGAUACAUGAUCUGGGACGAAUAUACAGGAAAACCACUUGGUUUACGAUCAGUGGUCUCUAAGAUAUUCCUGAUCCUGCUGGAUCUCUUUUUCAUCAUCUUCAAAUCCGCGAGUACGGCACUCGCAUUUGAGAGCCUUGUUUACCAUAACCUGUCCGAUCCUGCAGUGCGGAACCUGUCCAAAGCUCUGGCGGCAUUUAUGCUAUUAGGAUUAAUUGCCUGGUCGAUGAACUUUGCAGUCAACAUAUUCCGUACUGUGGAGCGUCUAGGGGGAGGUGAGGAUGAUGGCGGACAUGGCUAGUCAGGAUGAGGAAUUGGUGCAACGGAUUUGGCUUUUGAAUUUUGGGAUACCCCUUUGAGCAGGGAGUGCUUUUGGCGCGUAUGGUUGGAAUAUGGGACAUUUGACUCUUAUAUCACGGUAGACCGUGCUGAGCGUUCAUUGCUGCCUUUUUCUUUUCUUGUUUUC